UCAUGAGGUGAUGACACGGCCACGGAGACGUAUCCACAUCCUCACUGUCUGCCGCUCGCCCGCCACAGCUGCUGCCGCUACCGCGUCCCACAGAGGAGGGAGGGAGAGAGAGAGAGUGAGAAAGCCAGAGAGAGCCUCCGUUCCAUGCCCACCUCUCUCUCUUUCCUCUCUUAUUCUUCUUUGUUUCUUCACUUUGUGUGUGGAUGAUGGGAUUUUAAUCAUGUGGAAGGCAGCUGAGCGGCUCUUCCGGAAUUCGCUGACGCUGCGCCCGGUCCCGCCUGGCCUCCUCUGAGCAGGAUGGACACUCUGGAGUCAGAGCUGACCUGCCCAAUCUGCCUGGAGCUCUUUGAAGACCCGCUGCUGCUGCCCUGCGCUCACAGCCUGUGCUUCGGCUGCGCCCAUCGCAUCCUCAUCUCCCGCUGCGCCGCCAACGAACCCGUUCAGAGCAUCGGCGCCUUCCAGUGCCCCACCUGCCGAUAUGUCAUCUCCCUGAGUCCGGAGCGCGGACUCGAAGGACUCAAGAGAAACGUCACCCUGCAGAACAUCAUCGACCGAGUUCAGCGGGCCUCAUCUUCGGCGGGGCUCCCACUGCCGCUGCCGGCGCCCCACAGCGGGCCCGGCGAGGAAGGCGGCGACCGGCUGGCGCUGGUCCCGGUCAACGGCGCCAUGUCCAGUCCGGCGAUGCCCCCGGAGCCGGUGCAGUGCCAGUUCUGCGAGCAGGACCCGCCGCAGGACGCGGUGAAGACGUGCGUGACGUGCGAGGUGUCGUACUGCGAGGAGUGCCUCCGGGCGACGCACCCCAACAAGAAGCCGUUCACCGGCCACCGGCUCAUCGAGCCCAUGCCCGACUCCCACCUGCGGGGGCUCCAGUGCCUGGAGCACGACGAGGAGAAGGUCAACAUGUACUGCGUCGCCGACGACCAGCUGAUCUGCUCGCUGUGCAAGCUGGUGGGGAGGCACCGGGACCACCAGGUGGCGGCGCUGAGCGACCGCUACGAGAAACUCAAGCAAGCCCUGGACUCCAACCUGACCAACUUGAUCAAGAGGAACAACGAGCUGGAGUCCCUGAUGGGCAAACUGAUCCAGACGUGUCAACAUGUGGAGGUAAACGUGACCCGCCAAGAGGGCAAGCUCCUGGAGGAGUGCGACGUCCUGAUUGACAUCAUCCAGCAGCGGAGGCAGAUCAUCGGCAACAAGAUCAAGGAGGGGAAGGCCCAAAGGAUUCGGAAGCUCGCCCAACAGAUCACCAACUGCAAGCAGUGCAUCGAGAGGUCCUCGGCCCUCAUCACGCAGGCCGAUCAGACGCUGAAGGAAACCGAUCACGCCCGCUUCCUGCAGACCGCCAAGACCAUCAACGAGAGGGUUUCCAUGGCGACUGCAUCGACCCAAGUGCUGAUCCCUGAGAUACACCUGACGGACACCUUUGACACGGUGGCCCUGGACUUCACCAGAGAGAAGAAGUUGCUGGAGAAUCUGGAUUACCUGACAGCUCCGAACGCUCCGUGCAUCAGGGAGGAGUUGUGCACGGCUUCGUACGACACCAUCUCCGUCCACUGGACGUCCGAUGACGAGUUCACCGUGGUGUCCUAUGAGCUCCAGUACGCCAUCUUCACCGGGCAGUCCAACAUCGCCAGUCUGUGCAACUCAUUGGAGAGCUGGAUGAUUGUUCCCAACAUCAAGCAGAACCACUACACGGUGCACGGUCUGCAGAGCGGCACCAAGUACAUCUUUGUUGUCAAGGCCAUCAACCAAGCGGGCAGCCGGAGCAGUGACCCGGGGACUCUGAAGACCAACAGCCAGCCAUUCAAGCUGGACCCCAAAUCGGCCCACAAGAAGCUGAAGGUGUUCCACGAUAACCUGACGGUGGAGCGGGACGAAACCGCGUCCAAGAAAGGCCACAGCCAGGAGCGCUUCACCAGCCAGAGCAGCUACGGCGUGGUGGGCAACGUCUACAUCGACAGCGGCCGCCACUACUGGGAGGCGUCAAUCGGAGGGAGCACAUGGUACGCCAUCGGCAUAGCCUAUAAAUCGGCCCCCAAGCACGAGUGGAUCGGCAAGAACUCGGCCUCCUGGGUGCUGUGCCGCUGCAACAACUCCUGGGUGGUCCGCCACAACAGCAAAGAGCUGGGCAUCGAGCCGUCGCCCCACCUGCGGCGCGUCGGCGUCCUGCUGGACUACGACGCCGGCUACGUGACCUUCUACGACGCCGUGGGCUCCCAGCGGCUGCACACGUUCCACGUGUCCUUCGUCCAGCCCGUGUGUCCCGUGUUCAACGUGUGGAACAAGUGUCUGACCAUUCUCACCGGCCUCCCCAUCCCGGACCAUCUGGAGGAGCUGGAGCCCGACAACUGAGAACGACAGACGGACGGGGGGAUGAAAUCGACAAGAUUUGUGGGGUCCCGCCCCUUUUUUUUCCCCAUUUAUUUUGUUCACACACACAAUCUGCAGUUUUUAACCUCCCGCUAAAUUCUGGUCGCGUGCACUUUUGCACAAGGAGAAAUAACGGCAGCGCAGUGACCGUGUGCAGCUUUAACACGCGGAGGGAAUGAAGAAGAGACGUCUGCUGGUGUUUUCUCUCCGAGCUUCUGAGAAGUCGGCAUCCGUCGUGCGCUAUGAUUUCUAUUGCCGGUUCGCGUCGUGUUUGACUCCAGACGAAAACCUUUCCCCCCCCCCCGAGACAAAAGGCGGUAAACUGGAGCUAAUCUAGAGAAGCCAGGACGCUUGGACAGAUCUGAGCCACACAUUCAUACUCUGAAGGCACUUUGGGCCACGAUCGGUGCAACUGGGAAACAAGCCACAAAUCAAUUUCUAAUUUUCUUCUUUUCUUUUACACCACCUUAUCAGAUAUAGCACUUUGAAAAUCCCUGAAAGUACACACAGAGUUAACACUGCACACACACACACACAGACCCCAACGAUGAUCAAUCAUGUUUGCCGGAAAGAGCAGAAUUAUCGAUGUAUAUUUUGUAAAUUCAUCACAUACCUCCCUUUAUCUUUCCCUCGUUCAUUGAAAAGGAACCAAAGUAGCCGUUGCUGUUUGUUUCGGACGUCUUUACAUAAGUAAAUAACUGCUGAAUUAUUUUUUCAAACGUGUCAAGAGAGGAUAUAGAAUUAUGCUAAUCUAAAGAUGCAGGAAUCCCUUGAAUGUAGACCUUGUUUUUGUACAUUGCUCAUACUUUACUCCUGCUUUGUUGUUUUUUUGCCUACAAUUUAUUAUUCGGUGCAAUUAUCAUGAAUUAAUAUUGGAAAAAGUGGCGUUUGACUUAUUAAAUUCACUUUUCUUUGGCCGCCAUUUGGAUUUCAUGUGAUACAUUACACGAGAGGUUGCGUUUCAGGUAUGAUUGAAGCUGAGGGAUAAAAAUGCACAUUAGCGUGGGAUUUCCUUUCUCACUUUUCUACACGACAAGCUUACGGCUGUUUAGCAGGACACAUUUGUGCUGGUGUGCCAAGAUGUAAUUAAUUACCUUUUAACAAAGAGUGUCGUCCCAUGAUUAAAAAUACUCAUAUUUACACGUCAUGUUUACACUGAGGUCUUGGGGGGAAACAAACCUAAUCUAGAUGCAGCAUCACUUUCUGUCCGACAUGGUGCGCUGUGAUUACGUCAGAGGGGUGCGUGUUACUUUCACUCAUUGGCUUGCUAUUUAACAAAAGGGACAAAGCAGAAUUAAUGAAAUUCAGCCAAAAGGUCAAGACCCUUGCGACUAAACCUCUCAAAGGGAUAUCAUCAAUACUCCAUCCUAUAAUUCAAUAUUGUUCUGUGUAAUAUUUUUUUAGCAGUGGCACUAAAAGGUGCUCCUCAGUGUAAAUAAAGAUUUGGUUGUUUUAAUGUUGCUUUGUUUCAAUACCUGGUAUACUUAGAAAGUACGCCGAGAAAAAAAAAUCCAUCCUCUAAUUCUGUGCUUCCUCCGCAAUUAAUUGAUCCGUGUGUUUUCAUUGUAUCCGAUGAAUAUGUAGUGCUUAAUUUAAUGUUUCCAUUUGAACUUUUGACCGGUGUUGUUUUUUUCUUCUUUAGAAAAAAAAAAUGGAAAAUCGGAUAUGUGCGCUUGCAUCACUGUCGUCUGAGAUGAGUCUACGAGAAGGUCACACAAAUAAACGUUUGUCCCUCUCUU